GGAGGCGUUGGAAGUGGCGCAGUGGCCGCUGCGCGCGCUCUUCCGCUGGCGCCGCCAUGGAGGAGAGCGGCGGGGCCCGCACCUCGGCCGAGGGCCUGGACGAGCCGCCCAACAGCCGCGUGUUCGUGGUGCUGGGCAAGGACGCCGGGGAGGCGCUGAUCCGCGAGCGCUUCUCCCCGUUCGGCGACAUCCAGAACAUCUGGCUGCUGCGGGACAAGCGCACCAAUGAGUCCCGCGGCAUCGCCUUCAUCAAGUUCGCGCGCAGCUCGCAGGCCUGCCGGGCCAUGGAGGAGAUGCACGGCCGCAGCCUGGCGCCCGACACCAAGCCCAUCAAGGUGUUUAUUGCACAGUCAAGAGCUUCUGGAAGCCACCGAGAUGUUGAAGAUGAGGAGCUUACACGAAUCUUUGUUAUGAUACCGAAAUUCUAUACAGAGGAAGAUCUGCGAGAGAAGUUUAAGAUGUAUGGAGACAUUGAAUAUUGCAGCAUUAUUAAAAACAAAACUACUGGAGAAAGUAAGGGUUUGGGCUACGUGAGAUAUUUAAAACCAUCGCAAGCUGCCCGAGCAAUUGAAGAGUGUGAUCGAAGCUACAGGGCCAUUUUGGCUGAACCAAAAAAUAAGUCGUCAGAGUCCUUUGAACAGGAUUAUUUUAUUAAUAACAUGAGGCAAGAACCAAGAGGGAAUAUGCUUCCGUUUUGUGGGCAGCCAGAGUGUUGCAGUUUUGAAAAAACUGAGUGCAGAAUUCAAGAGGCAGUCUCCAAACGUCUGUCAGUGGUAUCGCGGCUUCCCUUUAUCCAAGAGCAGCUGUUUACCCUCUUUGAUCUAGUCCCAGGACUGGAAUACUGUGAUGUUCAGCGAGAUCCUCAUACUAAUAGUGGGUAUGCUGUGAUUCAGUACAGUACCGCUGCAUCAGCUAUAUAUGCCAAGUAUAAAUUACAUGGGUUUGAGUACCCUCCUGGAAAUCGAUUAACAGUCACUUUUCUAGAAGAUGGGAGUGAUAGCUCAGACCUCAUCAGAAAAAUGGCAACACAGCUGGUAACAGCCCAAGUGUCAACAGUGCUGCGGAAUAACAAUGCAGUUGUUCAGCAGUAUAGGACACCUCCUGCACUUGGAGUAACUUGCAGCUCGCAGUUACUUCAGCCCCAAACAGAUGCCAUACUUCCACCACCCAAAAAAAAAGUUCCACCUGAUACUCCUGUGAAGGAAAGGCUUUUCAUACUUUUUCAUCCGUAUCCAUUACCCAUAAAUGUGUUGGAGGAUGUGUUCUGUCGUUUUGGAAACUUAAUAAAAGUUUACCUUGUGUCUGGAAAAAAUGUUGCCUAUGCAAAAUUUGCAGACAGAGCAAGUGCCAGUGAUGCUAUAACUGCGUUGCAUGGCAAGAUUGUGAAUGGUGUCAGGCUUAAAGUAAAGUUGGCAGACUCGCCUACGGAAGAGUCUAACAAACGUCAGAGAACUUACUGAGCAGGUGAGAACGCAGGUGAGCUCUUACUUAAACUGAAGUUCAACUAUGUGAAAUAGUAAUAGGCAAAACAUUUUGAAGCUGGAUGUGAAUGUAUAAUGAUUAAAUCUGUUUUCAGCUAACAACUUGACAUUUAAUUUGUGAUAUGUGUGUAUACAUAUAUGUAUAUAUGUGGGGGUGUGUGCUUAUAUAUGCACACUUAGACUUUUUUUCAGUCAAAAUCUAUUUUUAUAAUUUUUGAACAAAUAUGAACCAGUUGACUAACAUCAGUCUGAAUGUUCACCAAAACACUCGCUUUAUGUACAUAAUAGUAGCAGUUAACAUUGAAAAGAGUAUGCAAAAAUAAACAGUGGAAUGGAGAUCAGUUUGUGCGUGUCUUUCUUUCUUCAAAACCACGUGCCCUCACAGUGGUGUUAGAUAAAGAUGCACAGUAGCUCUUGAAGGGUAGAGGAGGAAAGGGGGAAAUAAGAAGGGACAUGGAAAGAACAGGGAAGGUUGCCAGGUGAAACCAAAAGUUUGGGGUCUUUGUGUCAUCUGGAUUCUCAGAAAUCAGGUGUAUCUGGAAUAUACACUUGUGAUAAAUAAGAAAAUAUUGCAGAGACUGUUGUAGAGGGAUUGAGGUGUGAGUUUAAGAUAAUUAGUUUGAGAAUUUGUUAGUUGAUGCUUAUGGUCUCCCAAAGUUGGCUGAGCUCAGAGAGGUUUUAUAGACUUCAUGGACCAAAAUUCACUUUUCCUUCUAAAACACUAGUCUGAUCCAUAUUAUAUAGUUUUUAUUUUAUUUUAUUUAAUGUUAGGGUUGUUAUCAAAAGAGAAAUAUUUGAGAGGUGAGGGCUAAUCUCUGUUUCCUGCAAGAUAGCUCCCAGAUAUAACUGUAGCUUCCCAAUAAUUUCAAUAGCCAUAUUAACUCUAUAGGGAACGUGCUGUUUUGCUUUAACUUAUUUAGGAAAAUAAGUGGGAAUCAAUGGGAAUCCGGAUUCUUUGUAUCCUCUUUGUAUCCAUAUUUUACUUCUAAGUUUCACUCCUUGCAGCUUGCUUUGUAUAGAUACUUUUUGUGACGGGGCAACUGCAAGGACCAAUAAAGAUUUUGCCCACAGUGUUUUUUUUCCCCUCUUUUUCCUAAGGACUUCCAUGUUGUUCUUUUGGUAAGCAGGGGUUACUAAAGAUGGUCUUAGUACUUAGACACAAUUUGCUUUUUAAAGAAAUAGAUUUCUUGCAUACUUUUUUCUGCAUUGAAUUGUACCUCAAACCCACUUGAAACUUUUAAUCAGCGGCUUGGCUGAAUGCAAUUUUAAGUGACUUGUAUUCAUGCUCUUAUCUUUUUACAAAGGUUUUUUUUAGUAUGACUUUUGCUUCCAAUGAUAAAAGGGCAGGGUCUUGGUCACUAGAGGAAAAAACAUGAUGUAAAGGGUAAUGCAAUACCAGGUCUGCCUUGCCUACUUUUUACUGGAAAAAUGUAGACUCAAUAAGGAUACAAAAUUAUAAAGAUGAUUUAUCCUUACUUUUCAUUUAUUUGUUUUUAACAAAGACAAGAGUGGGAAGACUCAGAGGUUCUCUUCUGAUUGUAAAGCUAAAACUGUGGGGUUUUUUUUUAUUCACACACAUGUGUGCACACAUAUGAGCACAUACUCUUGCGAUGUGAUUUUUGAGAAGAUUCUUCAGUGUCUCCAGCCAAUAAAAGGUGCAGUUGGUCACCAAA